GCUGUCCUCGUCUCUGAGAGUGUCUAUUUGUGAAUGUGAGAGCAGAGAGUGGAGACAGAGAGAGGCAGAGAAGCACGAUGGCUGCAGUCACAUGGAUUCAAAUGUCUUCAUUUCUGCUGCUGAUGCUUCAGGUUAAAGCAGCAACAACAGGAAACACUUUGUCCUCCUUCACUGUCAGAGCUGGACACAACACCAGUUUGUCCUGUGAAAAUGUGAUAGAUGGUCAACAAAACUGCUUCAGUACUACCUGGAUGUUCAGUGGUUCAACAACAGGAGCAGUAGAGCUGGUUGUUCAUGGACAGAUUAAAGAGAACACUGAAGCUAAAUCAGACAGACUGAGUGUUGCAGUGAACUGUUCUCUGGUUAUAAAGAAGGUCACAGAUGAUGAUGUCGGUCGUUACACCUGCAGACAGUUCAGAACAAGAGGAGGACAACAAGAAGGAGGAGAUACUGUCGUUUAUCUGUCUGUUAUUCACAUGACUGAACGUGAGAACAAUGAUGAAGUCAUCUUGAACUGCUCUGUGUGGACACAUGAACCCUGCAGACACUCAGUGCAGUGGCUGUUUGAGGGUAAAGAGAACAUGAAGGUGAAAGCAGGUUCCUGCUCUGACACUGUGACAUUUACAAGAUCUCAACUUAAUCAGAAGUCACAGUUUUAUGAGUCACUGAAGUGUAAAGUGACACAAGAUCACACUAACAAUGAGCAGCUGUUUCCCUUCAAACUCAAGUCCUCAGGUGAGAAAACAGGUUUUUUAUGGUUAAUUAGCCUUCCUGUGUGUUUAGCAGCUCUCUUAAUAAUUGUUGUGAUCAUCAAGUGCAAGAAAAUUAAAGGAAAUGAAACCCAGCUGUGUGGCAACACUGGCCUGAACUUUAACCCUGCAGAGACUGAAUCUGGACCAGGAACCAAUCAGGACACGGCUGAAGCUGAUGAUGAUUUUUCCUACGCCUCCAUCAACUUCACCAAGAAGAUGAAGAAUAAAGCCCGAUCCCGUGGUGAUGAUGAUGGUGACACUGUGACCUACAGCACUGUGAAAGCUUCCUCCUCUUCAGGUGGAGCUUCUGCUGCUCCCAGUGACCUCUAUUCCACCAUCGACUACACAAAGAAGUUAAAGAAGGAGGACGUUUCUCAUGAAGGCUAUAAGCUGUUUCUGCAGAUGCUGGAUGAUUAUUUGGAUGAAUAA